AUGGCCAGCCCAGUGUGGAUGCUGCUGCCACUGCUGCUGCUGCUGCUGCUGGGGUCCUUGGCGGGGCACAGGCCAUGGAAGAAGCAGGUGUACCAGUCCCACAAGGGCAUCGGGGAGGCGUGCAGGAUCAACGAGGAGUGCCAGAGCAACUGCUGUACCACCGGCAGCCUGGACCCCAGCAAGCAGUGCAACCCCAAGACCAUCUUACUGAGGUGCCUGCCCUGGCGGAAGCCCAAUGGGCACAGGUGCUUCCACAACUCGGAGUGCCAGAGCCGCUGCUGCGUCCGCAGCAACCGCAGUCCGCAGAAGUUCUGCACGCCCCUGACCAUCUUCCUUCAGUGUGUGCCCUGGCGCAAGCCAGACGGCGACUUCUGCGGCAACCACAGGGAGUGUAACAGCCAGUGCUGCAUCCAGCUGAGGGAGGACAGCCCCCAUCGCUGCAUCCGCCGCUCCGGGAUCCUGGCCCAGUGCCUGCCCCUGCUGAGUCUGCGUGGGAGGCUCAGCUUCGUCGAGGGCACCACAGCGACCAGGCCGGGACCACAGCCGUGA